AUGGCGGCGCACGGGCAGCGGCAGCGUAGGGGCAGCGGUGCGCAAGCAGCAGCGGAAGCAGCGGCGUGCAAGCAGCUGCGGGCAUCGGGGCGUGCGCGAGCAGACGACGGGCGGCUGCGGGCGGGCGGCCGCUGCGACGGCGGGCUGCAGGCCUUCGGGGCGUGCGCGAGCAGGCGACGGGCGGCUGCGGCGCACGGCAGUGGCUGCGGCGGCGGCAGCGAGCACGGCAGCAGCAGCAGCAGCAGUGCACGGGCGGUAGUAGCGGCGGCAGCGGCUGCGGGCACGGCAGAAACGCGGGAGCGGCAGCGGGCGACUCGCGGGCAGCAGCGGCAGCAGCAGCGGGGGACCGGCGGGCGGCAGCUGCAGCGGUGCAAAUCGCGGGCCGGCGGGGCCGCGGCGGGCUGUGCGCUAGCGACGCAAAGGCGUGCGAGCAGUGCGCGGGCAGUGCGACGGGGCCGGCAGCGGGCAGCACGCAAGGCCGACGGGGCCGCUAAGGGGCGAGCGGCGGGGUCGUUCGAGGCGCUAAGGGGCGGCGCGACGGGGCCGUGA